AUGUCUUUCCACGGAAACUCUGUCCUUGAUCGCUUCCUGGCCUCGCUCGCUGAGAUAGUCAGGGACCGCGAUGGCGCCAAAUUACAAGACUUUCUGCAGAUCGAACCCCCUUUACCGGACGUGUACGGACAAAUGGUGGACGAGUUGCGGCAACAGUACCCUAAUGCGUCGCCAAAAGAGGCGGACCUGCAACGGCGUUGCGAAGGUUUAGUACCUAAGUCUGCCGGAGGUAGCUCAUGGACUGCUUUUCCAACUUUUAUGAAGCUCUACUUCUGUUUCCUACGAGACGUGAAUGUUGAGAACUUGCUUGAGACGUACAAUAUGCUCAAGGCGCUGCUGAACCAAUGCGUAAUAGCACUCGGUGACAGCCAAUUCGGAAUCGUCGUCUUGCCUACUGUACUCUACCUAUCGAAGGUACUAGCGAAGCUGGCUAUGGGCCUGGAUCGCCGACCUGAGCUGGUUGCGCACUUGUUGAGACUUGAGAGUGGCCCCGACCAAGAAGAAAGUACGGAGAAGGUCACAUUGGUGGAGAAGUCUGCGAAUGUAGUACGCGAAGCAUUUAUCAAAUGCCUCACGGAUCGCAGUGGAACGCCUGGGGUGCACGGAAAACCCGAGGGUAAACGGGUUGGGAUUUAUCUGAUGGCCAAUUUGUGCUUAAAGCUACUUUUUCAGUGCGGUAAACUGAGGAACGCAGAGCAGAUGUUCGCAAGCAUCACUGCGCAGUCUCCACCUCUGAGAUACUUUCCUGCGUCCCAGAGGGUCACGUACCUUUACUAUCUUGGACGUUAUCUGUUCUCCAACAACCUAUUCUUCCCAGCCCAAAUCGCACUGCAAGCCGCCUAUGACCAGUGCCAUCGCGAAGCGAUAAAUCAGAAGCGGCUUAUCCUCACAUACCUCAUCUCUUGCAACAUCAUACUCGGACGUUUUCCUUCAGUGCACCUUCUACAGCGACCAGAGUCGCAGGGACUGGCUGAUAAGUUCGUUCCACUCUGUCAACUUAUUGUCCGCGGGGAUUACAUUGCAUUCAGGGGACACCUUACCGUCGAGUCACCCACUACUGAAUGGUUUGCGCGAAAAGGAAUUCUCCUUCCACUACGGAACCGAUGUGAGGUACUGGUGUGGCGGUCUCUUGCGCGAAAAGUGUUCAUACACGGCGGCUUUCAUGGAGAUCCUCAAGGCCAGACUCAAAGAGGCCCGCCUCCGUUCUUGUACCUCACUAAAGUCGAAACUGCUGUGCGGUGGCUACAAUCUCAACAUCCCUCUUCAUCCCCUCUCCCAGCUGCGUCUCCAUUUCCCGGGAACACGAAGGCCUCUGCAAGCAAGAGCCAAUUUGGAUCGCAGAUUGUGUCGAUAAUAGCAGACCCCGACUUCGCCUCCUUGAACACUCAAGCCGUGAGCGGGACAGCACCAGACGCCACUGUGCUAGCGAAGUACGCCGAUUACCUGUGCCCUGAUGGCUUCUUUGACGCAACAGGCCAGUGGCAAUUAAACCCAACGAGGAGCCUAAUCGAUGGAACCCCCAAUACCGACUACAGCCAAUACGAACUUAAUCCAUACGCGGAGGACCCCGAAGGUGCCAUCAAUGAGCCUUCACCGCUUAUGCGUGAAAUAGAAUCGAUUUUUGCUUCUCUUCUUACCCAAGGUCUCAUGCGGGGGUACCUUACGCACCGAAAUCCUCGAUUUGCAAUUCCAGGCGCUCGGUUGCGAGGUGCCUUGCCUACAGGAUUCCCAAAUGUAUGGCAGACGAUAUAUGCGCGGGAAUCGGAGGAUAUGGGCGUACCGGGUUGGGUUAACCCCCCGCCCACCGUGGCUGCUCCUGUAGCGCUAGGAGGGGGAGGUCGGGUAGUCAAUCUUUCUGGUGCAAGACCAGUCGGGGUUCAAUAG